AUGUUCAGGUUCUUAAAAGCAAUACGUGUUAAGAGAUCUUAUCUUUGGGUUGGUGCUCUGUUAGUUAGUCUUGGGUUAGCAUCUGCAGUGUAUUGUUUGUGGCAGCUGAAUAUGAAAGUGACCUGUAGUGAUGCAGAACAGCCAGAGUCUUCUCUCCCUAACCCAAUAGGCCAGGUGAGUGGGCGCAUGGAAGUAGACCGAGUAGAUUCCGCAAUUCAAGUAGAAGAGAACAAUCCACCCACACCACCACUUACACCACUAACUCCAAUAGCACCUACACCAUCUAAUCCAAUAGCACCCACACCACCACUAACACCACUAACUACACCAUCUAAUCCAAUAGCACCCGUACUGCCUACACCACCACUUACACCACCAACUCCAAUAGCACCCACACCACCACUUACACCACUAACUACACCAUCUAAUCCAAUAACGCCUGUACGAGUAUCGCCUGUAUUCAGAACAUUACCACCUGAAGUCAAGCCAAUAGUCGCGCAACUGCAGCUCCUACAGAUGAUUAAUGACCCAGUUGACCACACCUGGUUGCCCCACCAAACCCAAGACAAUACUCUCCAGUGGAUUCUUAUGCUUAAUCCAGAGAAAAUGGCACUAAGUAAUGAACCAGCACGUAAACCAAUUCAAUACAACCGAACCCAACCCAUUAUUAUUCCUAAGUCGUGGAAAGAAACCGAGUACAACAGAUGUUUCGAGGAGUUGACUCCCCUACAAAGGAUCACAGGCCAGGCGCCCGUAGCUGUUCUGGGCCUACAGUUGGAGUAUGGUCAGGCAUCUUUUAAGUUGCUUCUUCUGCUGCUGCGCAUCCUAAGCAUGCCUCGAGUAGAAGUAGAUUUGUACGGCCAUCUUCAGUUAGACGAAAGCCAUCAGGCCAGGCAGAUGCUAGCUGGCAUAGAUUACCUACUCGAGAAUCUCCCAGAUGACAUAAGUGGCCGAAAGACUAUUUUACACAUACAUACGCCAGGUCCCACCAACUAUUGGGGUGAAUUUGGGUUAAUCAUCCACGCGUACAGAAACUUAGACCUUAAGAAGGUAUCCUGUUAA